CGGGGAAGAUGGAGUAUCCCGGGUUGGGCAGCGUGGAGGCCGUGGACGGCGGAAGGGCCGGGCCAUACAACAGCUCGGAGGAGCGGGAGGGCCGGGAACCGGACGGGGUGCGCGUCGACCGCGAGAGGGCGCGCUGCCUGUGGGAAGCAGUGUCCAGCGCUCAGCCGGUGGGGAGGGAGGAAGUGGAGCACAUGAUCCAGAAGAACCAGUGUCUCUUCACCGACACCCAGUGUAAGGUUUGCUGCGCCUUGCUCAUUUCUGAGUCCCAGAAGCUGGCACAUUACCAGAGCAAAAAACAUGCCAACAAAGUGAAGAGAUACCUGGUAAUCCAUGGAAUGGAGACAUUAAAGGGGGAAACAAAGAAGCUAGACUCAGAUCAGAAGAGCAGCAGAAGCAAAGACAAGAACCAGUGCUGCCCCAUCUGUAACAUGACCUUUUCCUCCCCUGUUGUGGCCCAGUCGCACUACCUGGGGAAGACCCACGCAAAGAACUUAAAGCUGAAGCAGCAAUCCACUAAGGUGGAAGCUCUGUCGAAACGCCUUACAAAUCCUUUCCUUGUGGCCUCCACCUUAGCCUUGCACCAGAAUAGAGAGAUGAUAGACCCAGACAAGUUCUGCAGCCUCUGCCAUGCAACUUUCAACGACCCUGUCAUGGCUCAACAACAUUAUGUGGGCAAGAAACACAGGAAACAGGAGACCAAGCUCAAACUCAUGGCGCACUAUGGGCGGCUUGCGGACCCUGCUGUCACUGACUUAUCAGCUGGCAAAGGCUACCCAUGCAAGACGUGUAAGAUAGUGCUGAACUCCAUAGAACAGUACCAAGCUCAUGUCAGCGGCUUCAAACACAAGAACCAGUCACCAAAAACAAUGACAUCAACCCUGGGCCAGAUUCCAAUGCAAAGGCAAUCAAUUCAGAAAAACUCAACCACCUUAGAAGACUAGAGGUGUUUCUGCCCAGCAACCCAGGUUGGACCAGCCAUGAGCCAGCUUCCUGUGACUAUGGUCAGCCCUUGGCUCCCUCUUCCUCCUUUCUUACAGCAGGAGAAUACAUUGGCCUUAGGCGAGAUUGGGCCAAGACACCCUCUGAUUGGUCCAGGCAAAUCUACUCCUGCUCCUCCUCUUUGGUACGGAUCCUAUAGGUCAUGACAGGGGAGGCAGGGGUCUUAAGAUGACUUGAGGUUUCACAGGGUUAUAGUUUGGAGGAUGGCUUUCCUCCUUCCCUGACCUCUCUGGGUCAUAUGUCCUAAAACUCCAGCACCUAUCUUUGUUCUGAAGGUCAGUUUGGAGCCAGUCCUUGCAGCUAAAGAACAGAGCUCUCCCUGGGCUCUAGGCAUCUCUGGUGAAAUCCGGAGCUUUCAUGCUAGACUCUGGCCAGGACGGGAAACAGCAGGUGGAAGUAGCUGCCACAUGGGAGCUUGGAGCUGAUGUGACACUCCCCUUCCCCCCCCCCAAAAUGCAGGCUUUCCUAAGCCUUGGACCAGAUACUGGCCAGUUAUGCAGAACCAGUUGUGCAGGUUUCUGCCAACUGUAAAGUCUCCGCCUGGAGUAAUGACACAGUCUUGGCAGAGCUUGCUAAUCCUCCUGCCCUUUCUCCAUAGUUCCUGAAUGGUGCUAAGGAUCUGCAGCAACUGGGGACAAGCUGGAGCUGGAGAAGGCCUCAGUACCCAGUAGGAUCAUGGGAAACUCCAAUGGGAACCUUUAGUCUCUUCCAUCAGAGGUUCUCUGACCCAGGGUCAUGUGGGAAAGUCCCCCACAUGGAAUUUUCCUAGAUAGUUCCGUGCCCUUAAAGGCAAACUGCCUCAUGCCAGCCAGAUGAGAGGUCAUUGCUGCCCUUUGGCCCUACUAGCCCUCACCCUCCCCUUGUACAACAGACCACCCUACCCAAGUUGCUGUGGUGCUAGCCAUCCCCCAUCAUGUAUCAGGAGAUUCUUGGGAACCAGAGAGCCAGAUGGGGCCCCAGGGAGAGAAGUGGAGAGCUGAUGCAGCUUUCUACAGUAAGGAAGCAGAAGUUCCCCAGGCCCCAAAACCAGAUUUCUCUUACUCUGCUGUGUUUUAUGGCCUGGGACUUACUGGGAGUGGAUUUUUCCUUGUAUCUUUCAAACAAGAAUUCCAGGGAGUGUCACCAUCAGAAGCCCCUCUUCAUUGGGUCAAAGAAGCCCCUAGCUGCUCUUGUGGCCUCCCCCCCCA